AUGUCACACGUUACAGAUGUGAAAUUCUUGUUCACUAGGUUAUUUUCUAUGAAAAAAAGUUUAAACAGUUCAAGAUUGGGAUUGAGAACAUUUAGUCAAGAUGUGGACAGGUCAGCUCAAGCUCCAUCUAAGGGAAGUGUCAGUCCUCUUCCUCCACUAUCUGAACCAAUGCCAAAUUUGCCUCCAGUAGUGUACUCUUCAUCUAAAUCUGAAGAUGUAGGAACUGAAGUGACAGUUCUCAGUAAUGGUUUGAGGGUGGCAUCAGAAAAGAAGUUCGGACAGUUCUGUACUGCUGGAGUUGUAAUAGACUCUGGACCGAGAUAUGAGGUGUCCUAUCCAAAUGGAAUAUGCCACUUUCUUGAAAAACUGAGUUUUGGUGCCACUCAUAAAUUUGCAACUCGGGAUAUGAUGCUCCGUGAAUUGGAAAGACAUGGAGGAAUUUGUGACUGCCAAGGAUCAAGAGACACUACAGUUUAUGCUACCAGUGCAGACUCUCGAGGAUUAGAAGCAAUAACUCAAGUCCUGUCAGAAGUUACUUUGAGGCCAAAGUUGUCUUCAGAAGAGAUUGAAGCAGCAAGGCAGGCAGUUGCAUUUGAGUUAGAUACAUUAUCAAUGAGACCAGAACAAGAAACCAUUUUGAUGGAUAUGAUUCAUGCUGCAGCUUAUAAAGGAAACACACUUGGAUUACCAAAAAUUUGUCCACCAGAAAAUGUUAACAAAAUUGAUCGUAAUGUCAUUCUCAAAUAUUUAAAAAACCAUUAUACUCCUAGCAGAAUGGUUGUGGCUGCUGUUGGUGUUGAACAUGCUCCAUUUGUUGAAUUUGUUCAAAAAUAUUUUGUUGAUAUGAAACCUACAUGGCAUUCCGAAGAAACAGAUAAAAGUGUACCUGAAGUUGACAACUCCAUUGCUCAAUACACUGGUGGAAUGCAACAGGAAGAAUGUGAAAUUCCGCUUUAUCCAGGAUCAGAUUUACCUGAAUUAUCUCAUGUAGUCAUUGGUUUAGAAAGUUGCUCGCAUGGUGACCCUGACUUUGUUGCGACCUGUGUUCUGAACAUGAUGAUGGGUGGCGGUGGAUCGUUUUCAGCCGGCGGGCCCGGCAAGGGAAUGUAUACACGUCUUUACACCAACGUCUUGAACAGAUAUCACUGGAUGUUUAAUGCUACCGCGUACAAUCACGCGUAUGGGGACACCGGACUUUUCUGUGUGCAUUCCGCGUCUCCCCCUAAUCGCAUUUACGACACCACUAUAGUUAUAGCCCGCGAACUCGCCAACAUGGCGGGUAAAGUUGGCGAGAACGAGUUAAAGAGAGCAAAAACUCAGCUUCAAUCCAUGUUGCUAAUGAACUUGGAAGCGAGACCCGUUGUCUUUGAAGAUGUCGGUCGCCAAGUUCUUGCGACCGGAAAAAGAAAACCACCUUCUUUCUUCAUAAAUGAAAUUGAAAAAAUUACGGCAGAGGACAUAGUGCGCGUAGCCCGACGUAUGCUCGCCAAGAAACCAUCAGUAGCGGCACGUGGCAAGCUCGCCCACUUCCCCACCUUCGAAGAGAUCCACGGUAACAUGGCAGUCUCCUCUAGUGAAUCGCCGCAGGGUCGUCGGCUCAACCUAUUCCGCGCUUAG